AUGCAGUCCAUCACUGUCUUCUGCUUAGCGUGCUUUCUAACUGGAGCUGCUCAUUCCGCAAUAGUACCAUUCAAGGACUCGGUGGAAAUCGUAUUCACACCAGAGGAUAUCAAAAAAGGUACAGACUAUGUCUUGUGGAAGGUCCCUACCGUCAAGAACAAUUUCAAAACAACAGUCAAGCAGAAGUUACUAAACAGGUUGUUAUCUAAAGACCUUCAAGAGUUGAGGUUAAAUUCUCGGUAUCAAGAGAGCAAAGGAUUGUCGCAAAAUAAUCAAGUGCAGGCUGAAGAUACUACAUCUGGUUUAGUGGUGCUGGAAAACACCCCUUUGCAGAAUAUUCAACUUGAAGUGCAAAGACCAAAGGGUGUUGUAAACUCUGUUUUGAAAGGACCGUCCAAGACUGAAAAACCACAGGGGAAAGUGAGAUACUUUGAUGAGAAGAAAGAGAUAACCCAACAGGCGGUGGGCCUAAAUGACUUGCAGACAAAAGAGAAGGUUAUAGAAAAGGCACAGAAAGACCUUGGUGAGCAUGUAGGAUACCUGAAGCCGUCCAAAAUCAAAAACCAGAAACAUAAUUUUGACAUAGGAGUCAAGAUACCCACAGAUGAAGGUAAAAGCGAGGAUAGCGACAGCGAAAGUGAAUCGAAAAAAAACUGA